CAGUGAUUGCGCAAUUUCCCGUACAUUACCUGUCCUGACACUCCCCGUUGGGAUCCUUCCUGCUGCCCUUUGACAUUCAGAGCACAGGAGACACAGGACAGGACCGGGCUCACAGCGGACCCAGUGCAGCUCUUGCUCCUGGCCAGCCCACCAUGGACUUUCUUCUACUUGUCGCUGCAUUCCUCAUUGGAAUCCUCAUUAGACCUGCGCUUGUAGCACUGGGAAGAGGUGAGGCCAUCAAGUUCUCUAUGAAUUACAAGUAUUUUGGCUUCAGUCUCCGAAUCGGACCCUCGCAAUCGUCUGUCGUGACCCCACACUCUGGAACCUCUCUGGUACCGCGGCUGGGACCCUCACCUCUGUCCCGUGCCCCCCUUGCUGUAUCUGACCGCCCGAAUGAAGAAUCAAGCUCAGCCCGCUGCCUCCUCCCUGGGCGUGGCUGGGACGGGGCCGCCCCGGGGCGAGCACCGGGACCGUCCCAGUCCAUCGGGCACCGCGGGGCCGUUCCGGUGCACCGGGCACUGCGGGACCUUUCCAGUGCACCGGGCACUGCGGGACCAUCGCAGUCCAUCGGGCACCGCGGGGCCGUUCCAGUGCACCGGGCACUGCGGGCAGGAGACUCUGUCAAGGUGUUCAAGAUGAAGCCAACUCCAGAGGAGGAACCCAAGAUCCCCAUAAUUAUAAAUGAGAAAUCUGGGGAGCACACAACUCCUGGUGAUGAGCCCAAGAAGGAGAGAAAUUCAGAUGAGGAAUCCUGGGAUGAGACAAAUCAUGGUGACAAACCCAAGGAUGGGGAUGGUCCUGAGGAUGGUCCUGGGGGUGGUCCUGGGGAUGGUCCUGAUGAUGGUCCCGAUGAUGGUCCCAACAAUGGGCCUAAUUCAGGGGAGAAUGGAAGUGGCAUUAGAACUGUCAUUGGAGCCACAGUGGGAGCAGGAUUGGCAGUGGUUGGCCUCCCGGUGCUCAUUGGCGCGCUGGGGUUCACCGGGGCCGGCAUCGCCGCUGGCUCCGUCGCUGCCAAGAUGAUGUCGGCAGCUGCCAUCGCCAACGGCGGCGGAGUGGCUGCUGGCAGCACUGUGGCUGUGCUGCAGUCCAUCGGAGCUGCAGGUCUUUCUCUUGGUGCCAAAGUUGGGCUGGGCUCAGUUGGUGCAGCAACCGGUGCCUGGUUCUCCAAAGGGAAGAAACCUCCAAGUGACAACCCCAAAUAAAGAAAAAAACCCAAGUGACCAACCCAAGAAAAAGUACCUCAGGUGACAAACAUGAGGAGGAGACAACUCCAGAUGAGGAACCCAAGAGAAACGAAGCAGGUUCCUGAUCCCGAAGCCUUGCCUUGCACAAUGCAGGUGCUGGGAAACCCCCACAGACCCCUCAGAUCUUUGCCUCUCCUUUUAAAAGCUUUGGAUUUUCGUGAGCAGGGAUUUCCCUGAAGCCAAUAAAUGUGCUUUGCUUGUGGCAGA